GUUGGACAAAGCUGUUGACAGGGAAGGGACUUAACUCUGGAUGUGUGUUAAAAUUGUAAAUAUUUUAACUCUCUCGUCUUUUAACUUCAACAACAGGAAUGAAAUAGUCAAAGUCAAAUCGUAGAAAACAUCUUGUAUGUUGGCAGAAUGAGAAGAUCAGCUGCACCAAGUCAAGCAGGUCGGCCGAAGUUUGUAUCUCCUAUUCUUUUAUCAAAAUCAACAACUACUACUGUCAUAAAUAAGCAGGCACCUACUUGUACAAAUACAAGUGUCCCUGAGGCAUGUCAGAAAAGCAAUAUAUUGAAGAGGAUAUUUCCUGAAUCAUGUAAUAAUGGACAAUGUGAUGAAGAGACAUCAUCAGAUGAUAAGGAUGAUAGUAAACAGGCAGAUGGUGAUAGUGAAGAAAACUUUGUUUCUCAAGUGGCAAAGAAACCAAGAUUUCAGGCUCCAUCAUUUAAUACACCUACAAUCUCUUCAUCUCCAGUCACCAAAUUAAAAACAAAUAAUGAAAACAUAGGUGAAGAGGAUAAAGGUAUUGCUAGUGGUUAUUUUAGUGUUGUCUGGUGCAAGAGGUCCAAUAAAAAGCAUAAGAAAUGGGAAGGAGAUGCUGUACUUGUAACAAGAGGUAGAAGUGUUACAUUGUAUGAUAUAGAGGGAAAAGAGAUUGGUAAAGGUUCUGGUUACAAGUCAGCAGAGUUGGCUUCUCUGAAGGAAGAUGAAACUCUCCCUAUUGGAGGAAAAGAAAUUCAGGUCAUGUCAUUGUUGACAGAAGACCUAUUCAAGUCUGGUAAAUGUUUCACAGGAAACACAGUGACAUCUAGUGCUCCAUUACCUAAAGUGCCAGUGAAAAAUGUAUCAAAGCCAUUCAGUAAACCAUUGAAGGCUGGAUGCAUAGACAGUACAGUAUCAAAACCUGAGCCUGUAGUGGUCAAACCUCGAUAUGAUCCAACUAUACCUGGUGCCCUUGUUAUGCCAGCACCCAGUGAUAGUCACCAGUGGCAAUGGAACAAGAGAUCCCUUCCUGUAGUGGAUGUUGUCAUUGAUCCUUAUCUCUCCUCCAAUCUCAGACCUCAUCAAAGAGAAGGGGUCACUUUCUUAUAUGAGUGUGUCAUGGGAUAUAGAAAUUACAGUGGGCAGGGGGCAAUUCUUGCAGAUGACAUGGGGCUUGGGAAAACAUUGCAGUGUAUUUCUUUAAUAUGGACACUGUACAAACAGGGACCAUAUGGAGGAAAGCCUGUAGCUAAAAGAAUACUCGUAAUAACACCAGGUAGUCUAGUGAAGAAUUGGCAUCAGGAAUUUAAGAAGUGGCUUGGAUUUGAAAGGUUGCAAGUUUAUGCUGUAAGCUCAGACAAGAAAGUUGAGGAUUUUAUGAAGACAUCUUUAUACCCAGUGUUGAUUAUCUCAUAUGAGAUGUUUGUGAGAAUGUUUGAGACCUUACAACAGCUAACAUUUGACCUUAUUGUUUGUGAUGAAGGUCAUAGGCUGAAGAAUACCAACAUUAAAACUACAUCUUUGAUAAUGAGUUUACCUACACAGAGAAGAGUUGUAUUGACUGGUACACCAAUACAGAAUGAUUUACAAGAAUUCUUUUCUAUAGUAGAAUUUUGUAAUCCAGGAGUGCUAGGCACUAGCGCUGGUUUUAGAAGAGUGUACGAGGAUCCAAUUGUAGCAUCUCGUCAACCAGGUGCUACUAAGGAAGAGAUUUCAUUGGGUGAAGAAAGAGGAGUGGAGCUUAGCAGAAUGACUCAGAUGUUUAUAUUGAGAAGGACGCAGGAAAUCAACAACAAAUAUCUCCCACCUAAACGAGACAUAGUGUUAUUUUGCCGACCAUCUGCCCUGCAACUUACCUUGUAUCAACAAUUGUUACGCUGUCAACUGAUCCGGUCUUGUUUGUCUGGUAGUAUGUCUGGUUCACCACACCUAAUUUGUAUUGGAGCUUUAAAACAGCUGUGUAACCAUCCUUCUCUUGUAUACAAGAAAUCAUUGGAGCAUGAAGACAACAAAAACUGUGAAGAUUAUGAUGAAAAUAGGUCAGUAUAUGGAGGUUUACACAGCUUAUUCCCUGAGGGAUUCUGUAUAGAUAAAGGUCUGGAGGAACAUUCUGGCAAGUUGGCUGUAUUGAGCUCCUUAUUACAACAUCUUAACUCAGUACAGUCUUGUAAACCAGAGAAAAUUGUUGUUGUAUCCAAUCAUACAAAGACAUUAGACUUAAUUCAGUGUUUAUGUGAUCAGAUACAGUAUAAAUAUUUAAGACUUGAUGGACAGACUCCAACCAGUAAAAGACAGGAACUUGUUCAGAGAUUUAAUAGUAAACAUUCUCCAGAAUUUAUUUUCUUGUUGAGUUCUAAGGCUGGAGGCGUAGGUUUGAAUCUUGUUGGGGCAUCACGAUUGGUUCUCUAUGAUAUAGACUGGAACCCAGCUAAUGAUUUACAGGCAAUGGCUAGAGUAUGGAGGGAUGGACAGAAAAAUGUUGUUCAUAUAUAUAGGUUAUUGACCACAGGAAGUAUAGAGGAGAAGAUAUAUCAGAGACAGAUUAGUAAACAAGGAUUGAGUGGAGCAGUGAUGGAUGUCAGGGAGAAAAAUACUGCUGUACAAUUCUCAUUGGAAGAUCUCAGGGAUUUAUUUUCUGUAAACAUGUCAACAGACUGUGAUACACAUGAUCUACUCAACUGUGAUUGUGGUGCUAGAAAUACUGUUCAACCAGUCCAGCAAAAUAUUCACACAGCCACUAACAGACCAUGUCAACUAGGGGUCAAAGCUAUGCCUAAGAGACAGAAUUUAGGCAUGGAUGAGUUGAUGGAAUGGAAACACUUGCCCAGUUCUGUCAUAAACAAACAUCCCACAUGGUAUUUACAAGAUACAAUACAAAAUGUUUCAUUUGUAUUCUACAAUGAAAUCAAUGGAAAUACAAAACAGGACAGUAACAUCAGUGGAGUAACUUGAUCAUAACAGUGCAUGGGAGAAUGUGAAACAAGACUAGAUCAGUGAUCAAAUUUUUUAACUGGCACUGCCAGUUGAAACAAAACAAUUUUAUGGAAGAGCUAGUGUUUUAAAAAGAAAGGAAACACGCUUUCAGGGACAAUAAUUGAAUUAUUGAUGUGCUAUUGAUAAAAUAAAAGUUUGCUCCAUAUAUUUUAAGAAGCUGAAGCGGGUAAUUUUAUAGUUAUCACUUUUUGUAAAUGAUAGUAAAUCAGUAACAGACAUUUUAAUAUUGCACACAUUAAUCCAAACACUAAUAUCAAAGGUCUACAUGUUAGCUACAAACAUUUGUGUUAUCUAUAAACUAAAAUUACAUGCUCAUCAACUCCUGUGUUCAGAUCAUAAUUUAUCUUUAUUGUUCAACAAUUGAAAUAAAUACAAUUGGAAAAAAAGAA